AUGAAGGGUGGAAAUUUCGAGAGGGAUGCGUGGCUGGUGAGUUUGCAGCUCUUCCUGGACGUGCGGCUGCGAACCGUGCCGUUUCACGUGGCUUCGCGCAGUCGUCCCGGCGUCUCUGUCCCAUUGCCGGUUCCCAACACGCAGCACAUCAUUGACGGUGUCAUGUGGAGCGUGCGUGACCACGCGGCGUGGGCGCCGGACGCCUGGCUGACGAUUCAGAAUCAUCUCCACGGCUGCUCGCAGCGCCACACUCAGCUGGUGGAGCGGCUCUCACAGACGCACGCGCCCACAAAUUUACAGGAUGGCGAGGAGGUGGAGCGGGGGCGUCUUUACUCUAGUCACGCGUGUGUGCAGGACCUCUACGUUGCCUUCUGCGUCGUGGACGCCUUCCUGCGCCACGUUGCGGGGGAGUCGCUAUCGACUGCACGAGAGGCUGUUGAAAAAGAGCUGCCGCGUCUUGUGGCGGAUCACAUGCCCAUCUGGCAGCCCGCACGCAGCCAAUACACACACGAUGCCAUUGAGGACUGCCGGCUGCUCUUUCUGGACUUGCUGCGCUCUUGGGCGGUGACGAAGCUGCUGCGUCCCGACACGCACCGUCGGAUUGAAGAGCACGUGCGGUAUAAACUAAAAACGCUACGGCACAAUGCCGCGACUUACGAGGGCGACAAGAACGUUGAUCGCCGCCCAUCAGAGGCAGUCAGCGCCGGGCUGCGUGUGCUGCUUGCUGGCACAGGGCCGGCGCAGGAGCUGACACCUGCGCCGUCGACGCCGGCACUCGCCACCAUUGAUGUUGUGCGCCGGAACAUGCGGGAGUUUGUCGUUGCUAUUUUUCCGUCGCACCGCUCUGAUGCAGGGAAGAAGCGCUGUGCCCACUGCGGUGCUGUGUUCAAGACGCUUGCCGCAAAGAGUGCGCACUACCGCUACCACUUCUACAACCGCAGUUAUCUGACGGGGGAGAAAAUUGUUCGCUUGCCGUACCCCACGCUUCAGGACUACGUUGCUCACGAGGUGAACUCGCGCGUCACCGGGGACUUUGUCAGAAUCACGGAGGGUCUUUUGGACGUCCUCCGUGUGCCAGACAAGCGGACAGUGCACGUGCGAAGGGAGAAACGAGAAAAAAAGUCCUCGUGA